UCAUCUCCUCUUUAUCGUCCUCUCACAAACGCCAAAAUAUACACACGAGUAACCUUCAUCCCUCCUCCUCUUCUCUGUUUCAUUUUUUACUUCUUAAUCGACGCCGGCUAUUUCACAGCCGGAAAUUUCAAGAAAUUGACCGGAAAAUGGAGGCUUCGGCGAUAGAUUGUGCUUUAAUUAACCAAAAUGAAGGCGUGACGUUAUCGUGCCGUCGCGUAGUUCGGGAACUUUAACCGUAUGUAGAAAUAAGCAAAAGCGACUUUACUUAGCAGAGUUUAGAAGUUAUUCCAUGCUUUGUCCGUCAAAUCAGAGGCAAGAUACUAUAUAAUAAUAUCGUCGGAGUAGAGUUAAGGAGUCUCGAAUUUUGUUAACGCAUUCAUCUUUGGCGAAAUUCUGGAUUUCCGUGUCGAUUCGAUCUGCUGAUAUCAUCCUGUGGACUUAUCAAUGAGUCUGGUGCAUCCUUUGUGAUUGUUUCGAUCCAUGUGUUUUGGGAUUUUCUUUUGCGAAAUUACAUUUCUUCCAUCUCAAUAUUUGUACUGAAGGCAGAGAAUGAAGAAAAGUAAAUAAAAGCUCUGAAGUUUGGUAGUUUUAGGAACUAAUUAGUAUCGCGAUUAAGCUUUUUGAAAAUGGAGGAGAAAUUUUUGUAGAAAUCUGUCGACGCCGGUGGUACGGCGAGGAGUUUCUUUUGUCUUUGAUCACGCUGAUCAUGCCUUUUCAAAUGAAGAUCCAGCCAAUUGAUUCACAUACUCUCGAUGCUCCGACUCGGUUGGAGGCAGUAAAGCCGGUGGUGAAAUCGCGUUUCAAGCGGCUCUUUGAACUACAGUUCCUGAGAAAUUCCACGGCUGAAAAGGUAGGCGUGGUUGAUGAACCGCAUUUUAACAAGGAAGGCUGUAAUGUCGCGGCUGAGUUUGAGCCGAGUUCUGUGUGCUUGGCAAAUAUGGUACAGAAUUUCAUAGAGGAGAACAACGAGAAGCAAUCAUCCGCCGCAGUGAGGUGCAGCCGCAACCGCUGCAACUGCUUCAACGGUAAUUGCAAUGACGGCUCGGAGGACGAAUUAGAUACAUUUGGUGGUUUGGGAGACUCUAAUCAUGUUUCCUCUGGCGAAGCAAUUGAAAUUCUAAAGAGUUUGGUCCCUUGUGCAAGUGUUUCUGAGAGAAAUUUACUAGCGGACACUGCGAGAAUUGUUGAUAAGAACAAGAUCUGCAAGCGUAAAGACGAUUUUUGCAAGAAAAUCGUUACUGAUGGAUUGGUAGCUCUUGGAUACGACGCUUCCAUCUGCAAGUCUCGCUGGGAAAAAGCCCCCACCCAUCCCGCCGGCGAAUAUGAGUUCAUAGACGUGAUAAUCUCAGAUGAGAGACUGCUAAUCGACAUUGAUUUCAGAUCGGAAUUUGAAAUCGCUCGAUCAACCAAGGCUUAUAAAUCUCUUCUUCAAACUCUGCCCCAUAUCUUUGUGGGCAAACCCGAUCGUCUCCAGAAGAUCAUCUCCGUCGUAUCGGAUGCAGCGAAACAAAGCCUGAAAAAGAAGGACAUGCACAUUCCACCAUGGAGAAAAGCCGAGUACGUCAAAGCCAAAUGGCUUUCUCCUUAUACGCGAGCCAAACCUGAAAAGAAGCAACCUUCGGUUCCAAGAGCCGUCAGCGAGUUUGGAACCGUUGAUGAAGAGAAUAAUUCAGUGGAGGAUACUGAAUUGGGCGACCCUGUAUUUGCUUUGUCAUCUGAAAGUUCUGUGGAUGAAAAGAACGACGUGAUGGUGAAAGAAUGGAAACCGCCUGAAAUUAAGCCCAAGAGUUUUCCGAUUGGGGUUAAGAUCGUGACUGGCUUGGCUUCAGUUAUUGAGGAUGAGCCAUAAAAUUUUGGUCUUAAUUUUUUUUUUUUUCCUCUUUUUAAAUUUUGGAGAUCAGAUAUCAUGUGAGAUAUUAACUAAUCAAAAAUCCCCUUCUGCUUUUUGUGUAAGGGUCUGAUUUUACUAAUAUCAAAUAAACUCUUACUGUAAGAAUACUAUACGGAUAACAUUUUUUUUCCCUUUUCUUUUUGGAUUAAUUUCA